AUGUCGGGCCUAUAUGACGAUAGUAGCUACAGUAGGGAUUCAUUGUCUAGAGUUGAAGAACUAAUACGUGACAAAUCAGAAAAGACAAACGUGAUAACCUAUAUAUUUACACCUAAUGACCGACGUUGUCUAGAAGCCAUCGAAUGCGUGAGAUGUAGAGGGAAAUUUAUUGAACCGGGUUUAUAUUACAAACAUUUGGUUUACAAACAUGAUUUUAGCGCUUUCCAAGCACACAAAUUUAUUGGUGAAAUGCUACAUCGCGGGUUUGAACCACCAAUAAUUUGUAACAACUGCAGCGAAGAAUUCUAUGAUUACACAAAACUACAUAAUCAUCAAGUUGAAAGUAGGCACUGCAAUGAUGAGCUAAAUGUUAUGAAGUUACCGGACAAGAAGAGAAUAAAUAGUCCAUUCUAUAAAAACAAAGUCCCAAUUGUCUGUCACCAGUCUAAUAAUACUCACGGUAACACUUUGCUUCAAACAUUUACGACUACUAAGUAUAGUGGCGACAAUAAUUGGCCAAAAUUAAUACAAACUUCUUUUGCGUGCAAUGACGAAAACUGCAGCAAAGUAUUUCAUACUAUAAAAGAACUAAAUCAACACGGAAAACUAGAACAUGGCACGUGUCAUAAAUGUGAUGAGACAUUUAUAAAUCAAGAAAAACUUGAUCACCAUUUAGUUUAUAAACACAACAGAAAUCCUAAGUAUCAUUGCAUUACAGGCUCAUGUGAUCAAAGAUUUUGCUGGCAAAACGCAUCCUUUAGACAUCUCGACGCCUACUCGGCUGACUGUAUUCGUCAACUCAACAACGGCAGGCCCAAAUUGCCAUCUGAUCCUUUAGUUGAACGGACUAAACGUUUGACAAAAAAUAUAAUGAAAACACCCAAACUUGACAAACAAGCAAAACCAUUUUAUUGUUUAUUAUGCGAAAGGAAAUUCUCAAGUGGCUACAAUUUAUACAAUCACAAGAAAGCUAUGCACAACCGAAAACUCAAGUCGGCAAGGAAGUGUGACCUAUGCCCCGAAUUUUUCAUUGAAAAGGGAGAUCUUGUUCUACAUCGUCAACUUAAUCAUAAAAUUAAAUUUCGAAAAUUUCCAACCUCAUAUAGGUGUUGUGAUUGCAACAAAGACUUCAGAUCACCCAAAACCUUGCGCGACCACAAGGAAACUCAUCAUGGGUUGAAUUUGUUUGAUUGCAUCUAUUGUAAUGAAAAAUUCAGUACAAAGAAAGAUUUGGAUUCACAUAACAUAAUUUGUAAAUCAGUUCGGAUAAACCCCGAGACAAUAACACUGGAAGACAGUGACACAUCGCGUGAAACCUUAUCUCUUACAAUGAAUAACGGUCAUCGAUCUCCAGAAUACUCACCGAUGGAUUUACAAUUAAUAAGCUGUCAAAAGGAAGGUUGCGACGAACAGUUUUUAACUGAAGAAGACUUGAGCAUUCACGUUUAUCUUCGUCAUCAACCCCGAUAUCCUUGUUUGAAUUGUUUUGCGAAAUUCGAUUCUAUCAUUACUUUAAACGAACACGAAAGACGUCAACACGGAAAGACUAAUUUUGAUUGUUUGUUUUGUAUACAAUCUUUUGGCUCAUUAACCGAAUGGGAAAAACACCAUAACGUAUGUAAACCAACUAGAGAUCCCGACACAUUAAGUCUUGAUGAUAUAAGUAACUCGUCAAUUACACCAUAUGUCCCGACACCAUCACCACCUUUAAUCACAAGAUUCCGAGUUAACCAAGUUCGGACACAAUCAAGUGUUAAUACGAAUACCAUUAAAUGCGAUCAAUCCGGUUGUCCAUUGAUGUUUUCAUCAAUAAGUAAAAUGGUGGAACAUUUUAACACUCAUAAGUUGUCGCCUAUUCAGUUGCCAUUUAACUCAACUGACUAA